ACAACCUCUACUCAAGUAAGAAGCGAGGAGGGAGUGGAGUGGGAAUCCAAGCUUGGAAAGGGAGAGCUACACAGAGCAUCCCACCCCUCUCUCUCCCUCCCAGGAGCUGCAACAUACAGGACCCAACACACCAACCCAGCCACACUAGAGCCAUCCAAGCACCUGCACCAUGUUUGACCACUCUCAAUACCCAUAUAAUUGCUUCAACUAUGAUGGAGAUGAUUACCCAACCUGCAGCUCUGAUGAGGAGAAGAAGUGCACCAGACCUGCCUAUAGCUACAUUGCAUUGAUCGCAAUGGCAAUUCAGCAAAGUCCUGAUAGCAGAGUCACCCUGUCUGGGAUUUAUGAUUUUAUCAUGAAGAAGUUUCCUUAUUACCGCUCAAAUCAGAGGGCAUGGCAGAAUUCCAUAAGACAUAACCUGUCUCUCAACAGCUGUUUUAUAAAGGUUCCAAGAACGGAAGGAAAUGAAAAGGGGAAGGGAAACUACUGGUCUUUUGCCUCUGGAUGUGAGUCAAUGCUUGACCUCUUUGAAAAUGGUAAUUAUAAAAGGAGACGAAGAAGGAGAAAUAUGAAAAAAUGCCAGAAGGACCGAAAGCAAAUGCUGGCUAAAACUCUUCGAUCUGGAGAAUAUACCAUUAUUGGGUCUUCAGAACAUCUAGCACCUUGCAAUGAACUCAGACCUGAACCAAGGACGCAAAGGGAUUCAGAUGGUCUAUUUUCAACUGGCAUCUCCAGCAGGCAGAAUCAAACAAGUUCUUCUGGCCUUGGAAAGACAGAUGAGAUCAAAUUUAGCAUUGAUUAUAUAUUGUCUGCUCCAGAUCCUUUACCCAUUCUAAGGCCCCAACAUAACAUUUUCGAUAACAAAUUUCAUAUUCUGGACACUCAGCAACGGAAUUUUCACCUAUGGAGUCUAUAGCUCAUGAACAAUGGCUUGCUACCUAAUGUGAUUUUAAAGCAAUAUUAAAAUCUUGGUGGUUAUGCACCAAAUUAGUAUCAAAUGUGCAACUUCAGUGGUUGUGUAGCUGUAGGCAAUGAAUAUCAAUUUUGUGUUUUACCAAGUUUACUUCUGAAGACAAAGACAACAAAAAAGUUCAAUUA